CAUGUGUAAACAACAAAGAUAAAAUAAAUAACAAAGAUAAAGCACCAAAGUCUGAUCUAGUAUUAGUGAGGCAAAAUAUUUGCUGGUAGGCGAAGAUUCUCUUGAAACCAAAGAAAUUUAAUAAGAUAUUUUCUAUCUAAACUUCUUUUUUUUGCGAAGGUCUUUGCCAUUCACACCAAUGCAAAACCUGACGAGCAAAUCCGAUCGUACGAUUUUCUACGAUGCCUCGAGAGGAGUUUUUCCGAGGGACGUGGAAAAGGGCGAAGCAAGCAUGGCGACUUCAAGUUCAACUUUAAGAAUGAGCCGACGAGGGAGUUCGAAAAUGCUCCGGACGUUGGGCGGACUCGACGUCGAUGAGAUGCAUUUUCUGGGCGACAUGGACAGAGGGGCCUCAGCUAAAGAGGAAAACCGUUUCGUUUUCGAGAUCGCCUGGGAGGUAGCCAAUAAAGUUGGUGGGAUCUACACAGUGAUUCGCUCUAAAGCUCCUUACACCGUUGACGAGCUGGGAGACCAGUAUAUCCUGUUAGGCCCGUACAACGAGAGCACGGUCCGCACCGAGGUCGAGAUCAUGGAACCGGAAAACCCACGCAUCAAAGCCGUCUUGGACAAGAUGAAAGAACAAAAUGUCAAGGCUGUGUUUGGACGCUGGUUGAUAGAUGGUUCACCCAACGUCGUACUCUUCGACAUCGGGACUGCAGCUAAAUUCCUGGAAACCUGGAAGAACGAGCUCUUUGAUCUCUCGCACAUUGGGGUACCAUGGCAUGACAAGGAAGGCAAUGAUGCCAUCAUCUUUGGCAAUAUGUGCACCUGGUUUUUGGCUGAUUACCGUGCGCAGUUUGAGGAGUGGGAGCGCCCUCUAUUGAUAGCCCAGUUCCAUGAAUGGAUGUCGGGAGUUGGUCUUCUGCUGUGUCGUCUCAAGCACGUAGAUGUCUCGACGAUCUUUACCACCCAUGCCACGCUGCUUGGACGCUAUCUCUGCGCUGGCAAUGUUGACUUCUACAACAAUCUUGAUAAGUUUAAUCUAGAUAAGGAAGCAGGAGAUAGGGGUAUCUAUCAUCGAUACUGCAUGGAGAGAGCUGCAGCCCAGACCUCUCAUGUCUUCACUACCGUAUCAAAGAUCACGGCUGACGAAGCGGAACAUCUACUCAAACGAAGACCGGAUGUGAUCCUUCCAAAUGGGUUGAAUGUGGUCAAGUUUCAGGCCAUUCAUGAAUUUCAGAAUCUCCACGCCAAAGCAAAAAACAAAAUUAGUGACUUUGUCAGAGGUCAUUUUCAUGGGCAUUAUGACUUUGAUCUUGACAAGACCUUAUAUUUCUUCAUAGCUGGUCGAUAUGAGUACAGUAAUAAGGGAGCAGAUCUCUUCUUAGAAGCUCUUGCCAGACUGAAUCACUACCUCAAGGCUUCAAAGAGCGACAAGACGGUUGUUGCCUUUCUCAUCAUGCCAACGAAGACCAACAACUUCAACGUUGAAUCGUUGAGAGGGCAGGCUACAUGUAAACAACUCAAAGAAACGUCGGCUGAGCUUCAAACCAAGAUGGGUCAGAGACUAUUUGAAACAGCCCUAAGAGGUGAGAUCAUCAAACCUGAGGACCUACUGCUCUCUGAAGACCUCGUGAAGCUAAAACGUUGCAUCUACGCGAGCCAGCGUCCUAACCUACCGCCCAUCUGCACGCACAACGUCAUCGACGACCAUCAGGAUCCUGUCCUGUGUAAUCUUCGCCGUCUAAAGAUGUUCAAUGAACGUCAUGAUCGUGUUAAGGUGAUCUUCCAUCCUGAGUUCCUUUCGUCAACAAAUCCACUGUUUGCCUGUGAUUACGAGGAGUUUGUUCGUGGAUGCCAUCUUGGCGUCUUCCCUUCUUAUUAUGAGCCGUGGGGGUAUACACCAGCUGAGUGUACUGUGAUGGGUAUACCCAGUGUUACUACCAAUCUCUCCGGGUUUGGCCUGUUCAUGGGGGAGCACGUAGCAGACCCGACGUCCUACGGGAUCUACAUCGUUGAUAGACGCUUUAAGAGCGGCGAAGAAUCGAUUCAGCAGCUAGCCGGGUAUAUGUUUGAUUUCACACGGCUAAACCGAAGACAACGCAUCCUGCAAAGGAAUCGAACAGAGAGACUGAGCGAACUUUUAGAUUGGAAGAAUUUAGGAGUGUAUUAUCGUAAGGCUCGCUAUGUAGCACUCAACAAGACGCAUCCUGAAUUAUUUGAAGGACCAGAGAAUGGAGAGGAAAGAACGAUGUUCCGUUAUCCAAGAGCAGCCUCGGCUCCGCCAUCACCAAACAGCUCUCGUGCAUCCACACCAAUCCCCGACGAUGACGACGACGAUGAAGAGGAGGAUGAGCAUUAACUGUCAGGCAGUCCACUGCAGAAAAACCAAAACUCUUUCAUACAGUGGACCAGAUAGCACCCCAAAGAAAACUAUUAAGGAUUGGGUACAAACCAACAUGAAAAAGCAUAUAUGGGACUCAUCAUUCUUAGCAAGCGUAGGUACUGCCGUGAAAUGAUCUGACCAAUGCGGUGAUGCAUUAUAGGAUUUUAUGUGUCAUUUUGAAUCAAACUUUAAUCUCUAUAAAACACCCACCAGGCCACCUAGCUUGAUGUACUCUUGAAUUUACUUUAAGGAUCGAUUGGUCUCUAAUAAUUACUAUAAUAAAACCCUACAUGAAAUUCUAUGUGUGGGUCUGAUUCGGUUAAAGGUAUGUAGUGUGUAAUGCAUACAUUUCUGUGUUUACUUGAUAUGAAUAUUUGUCAAACUGAAAUGAUAUUUCUAUGUUAUCAAGUCAAAUUCUAUGAAUUGAUGAGAAAUAGAUAAUAUGUAUAUUGAAAUUGUCCUGCUGUCUUUAUCUUCCAUUUCACUUCAUCUGCAUCAUGGGUCAACUUUCAUUCAUAAGCACUGCCAUUGGCACUUAAUCUUCUUUCCAAAAUACAUUUAGGAAUGCUUUAAACAUAAUCUAAACGCUUUGGCUGUUUGCUCUGAGCCAAUCAGAUUCAAGGAUUUUAGUAGCUUAUAACAAUUAGUGAUUUUUUUUUUUUCUCUGACAGUUUAGUUCUGAGCCAAUCAGAUGCAAGGAUUUUAGUAGCUUAUAACAAAUAUUGAAAGUCUCUGACUAUUGUUUCAUGAAAUGCUCCUUUAUCUUCUUUUCCUCGGACAAUUUACACAACUUUAGUAUAAAUCCUGACACUAAAGAUAUUUUUGAAUCUGAAUUACUCAAAUAUUGCUCUUAUUUCAUCCAUCAUGAUGUAUAAGAACUAGGAAAUUUUCUUGCCUUGAGGAAAUCAGGGACCCAUUGCAGAAUGAAUUUCGUCUGAAUGCAACAACAACAAAAAUCAAGCGCAAGUCCCUGGUACAUGUAUUUCAUUGGGUUUAAAAUCAAGUUACGUUUGAAUUUCUAAGUUGCAUUUGAUCACAACUCUUUCUGCCAAGGGCUCCCAGAUCCAUUGUUGUGAUAUCAAAACUUAUCUGAAAUUAGCUGUGGUAUUCAGUGAGAAAAGAUUGAAAUCAUCUGGGCCUCCCCUACUUUGUAGUGGAGUGGUCCAGGAAGUGUAUUCAGAUGUUAUGGUAGGAAUAUGGUGAUUCGGACUGUUCCAUUAUUAUCAGGGUAGGCUAUUAGAACUUAGGAGCUUAUGACCCCCCUCCCCCCUGCCACUGCAUCUGCAAAGUUCAGCAGGAGAGCGCUACCAAACAGGGAGUUCCACAAGGUUGUGCUUUGUCACCAGAUCUGUUCAAUUAGCAUAUUGAAAUCAUUUCAAUGCAUCAAUUGUACAAUGUCAAAUUGCUAGGUUGUCUCUACGAAGAGCAUUUUCAAACAGCAGUGGUUCUCAGACCGGUAGAAGUUGGUUCCUAGAUCAUCGGUUUUUGUUUCUUUAUAACUUUGAUUUAAUAAAAUCUGAAUGUAUAUUACCAUAUUCCUCAGAUCAGGGAAGCUUUGGUAGUAUAACCACGCUCAGGGGAUGCAUGCAACUGUCUGUAGUCGUCUCUGAGAUUUAUUGCUCGUUUAAUCCCCCUUAUUGUACAAAGAAGAUGCAAUAGCUAUGGGUGAAUUUCUUUGAUAAGAAUUAUUUGUCGUGUCUGAAGAAUGCGCAAUCCAUGUACAUUUCAGAAAUCUUGGAUAUUGUGAAAUAUCUGACAUCUUUACAAGGCCAAGAACCCUGUUUCAUAAAACAUGCUAACGCUCACAGAACUAGCAGCAAACAUGCUCUGAGCCAGUCAGAUUUGCUUGAUUUGAGUCACUUAUAACAAAAGGCUUUACUUUGCCAUCGAUAGCAAGUCUUAUGAAACAAGGUCCUGACUAAUUUCUGAAAUCAUGAUACAGGUUUAUGAAUAGAGUAUAGAUAUUUGUGUGAGUUUACUAUGGUUGUUCAUGAAGAAGAAUGUUUUUGCAGUUGAUGUAAGAUAAAUACGCAAUUUUGCAUGUGUAUUAAUAGAAAGAAUUGCAUGCAAUAAUUAUGUACUAUAACAUAUGUGAAAUGCUGCAGAAAACUGCAGGUUAGGUUCAGUGUAUGCUCGUGUAAUGUACAAAUAUGUUGGUGUUGAAAUGUUUAUAUUUUGUUAUCUAGAAUAAACUUGUAUAUUAUAGUUUCAUCAAUUCUUUCACUGAAAGUGAGAACUGUGUUUUGUAACAUGAAUAAUGCAAUCGAUCAUACAAUUGACAUCGAUCAUUAUCCAUGGCAAACUCUAAGGCGGAAGAGUUGCAAUUGAUUAUAAAUUGGAUUGUACUCGUUUGUCUUAUCUUGUUACCAAAAAGAUUAAAUGAUACAAUUGAUUUCAAUUGUAGUUAAUCAUGUACUCGUAGGUUAUGGUGGUAUUUGUGAUUUAUUGCAAUUUUCUGUGUUACAGUGCAGUGGUUUGUGUUUUCUUCGUGUUUUCCCGUCCAUGAAAUGGGAUUAUAUAGGUGAAGUUUGUAGUUAGACUUCAGAUGUACAAUGUACUUUGUAGGUGAGUGGUUGAAUGGCUUGAUUUGAGAUGUCUAUGUCCUUGAGGAAUUGGUGUCAUUCAUUAUCGUUAAGAGCAUUAACGUUAUUAUCCUAGAAGGAAGUAAGAAGAGUACCGAAGUGGUGACGUCACAAUUUUUUUUUUAGCAUUUCAGCGUAUUUUGGUAGAGCAUGAUGCAAACCCCCACUACCAAAAUUUGGUGGGAAUCGGUCCAAAGGGGCCUUAGAUACGACCUCAUGAAUAUAUAAUUAGCCCCCAUUGAAGUCAGUGAAUUAUUGGCCUGGUUCUAAAUGUUAGGAACCAGGGCAAUAAUACAUUAAUUCGAUGGGGCUAAUUAUGUAUUCAUGAGGUCAUAUCUUGGGGCCCCAUGGACCGAUUCCCACCAAAUUUUGGUAGUGGGGUUUGCAUCAUGCUCUACCAAAAUAUGGUAUCGAAAAUGCUGAUAUGCUAAAAGUGGAAAUUGAUGACAUCACACUUCGGUACUCUAUUGCUUCAAUUUGAGAUGUUCAUUAUUCUCCUCUUUCUCCUUCUUCCUCCUCUAUUUCUCCUCCUCCUUCCCCACCACCAAUAGAGAGUGUUUCCAAUCACCAUGGGGAUGGAUUCUAAAACGUGGCAAAUCUAUUGACAUUGCCUGCCCACAUAACAAUGAAAAGCUGAGAGGUCCUUGUCGAAAAUUGGUGAACCGGGACAGCCGACUGUCGUAAAAUUCUGAGCCGACAAAAAAUUGUAAAUAUGCCGCUUGUCCAGAGUCAUGGACGACACUGUUUUUUUUAUUCACCGAUUUUCGACAAAGACUGCUUUGCUCUGAAGGGCUUUUGACUAUAGAUUCGCUUUGUUCCAGAAAGCGUCUGCAUAGUGGUAGCAAAAACUUUAUAUCAUCUCCAUCACUAUCACCACCACUAUUCUCCCCUCCUCAUAUUCACCUCCCAAAAAAUGAUAAAAAGCAGACUUAGCCAAUUCUUAUCCCUUCUUCUUUUUACCAUAUUAGGGACAAGCAGCUUCUAUUUUUAUAGCUUAUAACUAUAUAUACAUUGUAUUUGAAACAGCAUUACACUAUUCAUAUUAAGCACAAAUUAUUUUGCCCAUUGAGAUAUGUUAUUUGUAUUUGUGUGACUAUGGUUGGACUAUUUUAAAGUUUCUAAUUUUUGGAGUAAAUCUAUUUUAAUGAUUUUAACAAUGUGAUUUAGAGUUCAAUAAUGUUUUCAAACUUUAUUUUGUGUUUUACAUAUCCGUUUAUUUUGUAAAUUAGAUUUAAGUACAUUAAUUGCAAUGUUCAUUCAGUUUUAAAAAGUGUUUCCUGUUUUAUUUCUCUUAUUCUUAACAUCCUUAAAGCAGCUUUAAAAGAGGCAGUGAAAUUAAUCAAUUUUAAUUAUUCAGGAUUUUGUAGUCUUAUGCAAGGUAGUAUGUAAGAGGGUAGUUUUAUUAAUUCAUUCAUCGUGUCAUCAUUACUACUUUUAUUGAUUUGAAUAUUAUAUUGUAUAAAUAUAUUUUGAAAAACAGGUUUGCUUUUGAAAUAGAAUGAGUGGUAAAAAUUGUAUUGAAACUUGAGUGUGUUAAACUGAAUUCAUGACAACUUGUACUUUAAAAUGUAUCAAAUUAUUGUUUUGUUUUUUUUAUUACUGAUUUGUAACUUUUUCAGAAGCACAUUCAUCAAACAGUGUAUAAGUUUUGUCAUUGUUAUUUUCACAAUUUUAUCUUUAUUAUAAUGAUAGUGACAAAGACGAUGAUGAUGAUAAUUACUAUUGUAAUUGUUAUUUUAAACUGCUAUAACCAUUAACAUCAUUACUUAUUUCAAAUACUAUAAGUAUUAUUUUAGUCUUUAUUAUAAGGUUCUGAAAUUCAUAAUGGUUACCAUUCAUGAAAUGACACAGAAAACCAAUGGUUAUGGCCGAAAUCAAAGAUAAAAGAUUCAUAUUUCUUAAAUAUUUUUGUGAACAUGUUUUGAAUUUAUUUCAUUAUCUGAAAAAAAAAUCUUCUUUUUCAUUGUAUUGGUGCUCUGUUUUAACUCUGAAUUUGUAUGAAGGAUUAUGUAGUACUUAUGCCCAUUGUCAAGAUGUUCAUCUGCUUGUGCUGAAAGCCUGAAACCAAACCUGUGGGGUGUUUCACAAAGAUAUAAGUAUGACUUAAGAGUCGCACUUAAAUGCCUAGUUGCGAGCGGUAUGAAAGGCGUGACCGCAUUGGUCAGAUCAUGAUAAGAGGACGCGCACUACUGCGUAUUGAUCAAUAACAUUGCCCGUUGCAUAUCACGUAGGCAUCAGCAUUUAAGUGUAACUUAAGUCAUACUUAAAUCUUUGUGAAACACCCCCCUGGUGUAUGUUAUUAGAAGGAAUUCAUCGAGUGCUGUGCACACUUAACUGUAAUUAUCAAGCACAUCCAAGGCUCCAUUGCCUAAAAGUUACUAUUAUGGUAAAUUUGCAAGCCAAUGGUAACCACCAUGGUAAUGCUGAUCAAUAGCCAAUCAGAAUUACGGAUUCCAUACAAGUUUACCAUUGGAUGGCAAAAUUAGCAUAAUGGUAAGUUUGAUGCAAGAGGGCCCAGGAUUUAUUUAGCUUAUUGGUAUGCUUUUUUGUAGAUGAAGAAUAUUAAUUGAAAUUUAAAGAAAUGUUAGAAUAUUAUGACAUUUGAUCUAUUAACAAUAUUUGUUUCACUAUGUAUGUAACCUCUUAUGAUAGUGCAAAGGGAUGGAAAAUUUUUGAUCGUAACAAGGAAAUCAACCAAUAAUAAAAGGGUUUAAUAAACAUUGAUAAAUGAGAGAAAAAAAAAUUAUGAAGGUUUUGAUAAAAAUCCAUCAAAGAAUGAUUAGAGUUGUGGAUUUUUAAAGUUUUGAUUUUGUUACAUCAUAGAUGAGCAACUCCUCAUGCUGUGCGAUAUAAAUUCCGCAAAAAUUCGAUUUUCUAUUUAAAAAAAAUGAAAAUGAUUUUAUUUUUGAGGGGGAUAUAUCAUUAGACGCAUUUCGAAACCCCUUCUAUAAGAUUUUUAUAAUUUCAAAAAUGUGAAUUUAUGGAAUUCAAAUUACUCUACAUUAUGUAUGGGGGAGUUGCUUGCAUAUGAGGUCAUAACUUAAAAUUUCAAGAAGUAUAACUUUCUUAUUCUUUAAUGGAUUUUCAUCAAAUCUUCACCAACAUGAUUAUCAGGGUAAACCAACCCCCCCCCCCCUCUUAUCAACUUUUCUUUCCCAAAUCAUCACACCAGAUGUUUGUUAAAGAAUAGGUGACACGACAUUUACUCCUGUGACAUUUGCUCCGGUCUUAAUAUCUCAGAGGGCAUAGGGUUAGGAUUGUAAGUUUUUCGGUUCAGAUGAAUGUAAAGAUUAGGAUUAGGGUUUAUUUAGUUUUGGAGGUUAGGUUAUAUGUUUGGCUUAAAGAUGCAGAUUUUUCAUCGGAGCAAUUGUCGCCGGAGCAAAUGUCAUGGAACCGUUAUAAAAUAUAUAGAAACUAAACAUAUGAAGCUGAAUAACCUACAUGUAUGUUCACUUAUAUUGACAUGCAACAUUAUAUAAUGCAUGUCUGCUCAUGUUGAUAUACUUUAUUUGCUGUGUGGGUAAAAGGUGAGAUGAUGGAUAUUAAAGAUAUAUUAUAUUAAACAUAGAAUGUGCUUUA